UUUGUUUGGCCUGAAUAGUAUUUGAAGCACUUUAUAUUUUAAAACAGACUGACUCAUGUGCACGAUCUUAAGGCGUAUACUUUGAAAUCUUCAUAAUAGGAAUUACGUUACAUGGAACUAGUUUUAUAUAUUGCGUUGGAAUUGAGGGGGAAUUAAUAAUUUUCAUGUUAAUAUGUUAUAAAUUACUACUACAUCGUUGAUUUGGUAAUGUUUUAAAAGUGAGCAUGGAUUCAAAACAAUAAUUACAGACAAACAAUGAACAUGGAACGAAAGCUUGUCUUAACCAAGGAAGCAUUUCCUAGGUAUGCUUACACGUCAAAAAACGCCGAACAACUUGACAAAAAAGGAACAUGUUUAAGAUCCACUUACCAUUCAGCUACUGACCCACCAUUGGACUUCGGUGAGAUCAGUAUUGCAAUUAAAAGUUGCCAUUUGAAAUCACUUUCGGCAGAUGAAUUACAAUACAAGAAAACUUUAAAAAAAGAAGGCAGGUCGGAAACAGCACAUAACGGAGACGAAACAACCGAAGAAAUACGAAAAGGAUGUAUAAAUCCACAAAUUACAAUUACAACGUACGAUGACGUUCAACAUGGCAGCAUCAGCCCAUUUAAAGACAUUACCGGCGACAUUCUCAUCAUAGUAGAAGACAAUCCGAAGGAAACAGACAAAGCAUUAAACCCCGUCAGAAGAAACUUAGACAAGAGUUUAAUCGUCAAGAGUUGCUCUCGUGAACAAAUUGCCAAGACAAUUUGUACCACAUUGGAAAUAUUUGUUUUGCGAGUUCUGAAAAGUCGAAUAACUGCAUUAAAGAAUCUUUAUGAUCAGCUUAAGCCGAUCGAAGAUGUUGGCACACCAUCUACCACAAGAUCAGGAAAGAAAUUUCGAGAAAUAGAAUAUUUUUCUGAUAGACAGCAGAUCGAAAUGAUCAAGGACACACUUCAUGAAGCCCAUGCUUUGUACAGAAGAAGUGGAAUUUCUCAAGACGAGAGUUCUUUUGGAGAAGCUGAUGUACCCAUUCUCAGCGACAAGCUUGCAAAAUCUCUUUACAUCAUCGACGACAGAAUUUACGGAUGCGGUUUCAGAAACUCAACACUUGAGAUAUUCGUAAACGUGUCGCAAGGUAUUAUGAGUGACAAAGCAUACCAGCAAUUGUGCCUGAAUAUCAGAGCUGCUGCGAAGGAGUUUGAUGUUUUCGACACUGAAAUAAAGGUUGGACGAUAUGAACAGCUCAACUAUUCUUCCUGUCAAGUUGGCACUAGAAUCAAGAACGAUUGUGGGCGGUUUGCGACACUUGGAGGUUUUGCAACAAAGCAAGGAGAAUUGCAUGCUCUACUCGCUAGACACUUUGCGGACCCUGAACGCGUUAAGUCAGUAUAUUACGUUGACGGGCGAGGAAGGGAACAAAUAUUUGCAAGCGUGUUGUCUAGUUCCCAUCGUGGUUCCUAUGAUAUUUCUGUUGCAAAGGUUUUGCACAAUAUCUCUUAUACCAUGUUUCGGAAUAGCGAAGGUCAGCCAAUGAAUAGCUCGUUAAUGGACAUGUCAACGGUCAAUCGCAGAGAUUUAUGUGAACGGCAUGUUCAUUUCUGGGCAAACGAACAACAACCAAGGGUUGGAAAAAUUGUAAUCCCCGACUUCGAUGCAAGGUCAUCAGACACUCGAUACAUUCUCAUCAAAGAAAUACUCGAGUUCAGUGAAGAACACAAUGAGUUGAGACCUCGUAGAUUAUGCAAAAAUGGUCAUAGUGGAGCUAUCUUCUGUUCUGAUGACAUCGAUGGGCAAUGUGUACAUGUCUGUACCAUGCUCAUGGGAUCCAUCAUUAACGGAGACAUGGCAAACAAUCCAAAUGUGCAGGGCGAGUACACAUCGUUUCCGCUUAACCAAGGAAUAUCACAACUAAAUGACGAGCAUGGUGGAACUUUUCAAAUCUGCUGAAAUAGAGUGAAGGCAAGCCAUUAAGCAAAAGAUCUCAAGAUUAUAAGAACAUACCUAAUAGAUAAUAACAAUGGUUCCAUUGACAAGGCCAUGUUUACGGACGUCGUGUGUUUAUGUUACAAUAGUGGUGAAAGAGAUACAGUUUAAAGUAAGACUAAUUUAUGGCGUCUGAUCUCGUUGCGUGAUUGUUGGGCUUUGAACUGCUUGAUUAAACAAAUAAUACUUCCUACCACUGGCCUACUUGUGUAUUUGAUUUGAAUUAUUGACGUAUACUGCUGAGAAAUCAAAUUGAGCAUUUGUUUGUAUAUGUAUUAAUAAAAAUAUAUGUACGAUUAAAUUCUGUAUUGAUUCUGAACGCUAUGAAUGACGAAAUUAAAAAAGCUUGAAUGCAAUACUCGGUCUUAAGGUUUUGAAUUCAUUUAUUAAAGUAUUGAACAUGUUGACCAGUUAACUGUUGUUUACAUAUUUAUCAUGUCAGUUCAAUAAAUGAUUUAUAAACGUAA